AUAACAGAAGAUUUCCUGGCAACGUAUCAUGCCAACUAUGGCUUCAAUGCAGAUGAUACAGACAGCUCAUCUGCUUCCGGCACAGCAGCUGAAAGUAAGCAACCAGUAAGUUCUAAGACAUCAGGAACACAACCAUCAGCAAAUGAGAAAGGACCACAGCAAACAGAUCCAAAGCAAAAAGCAGAAAAACGGAAGCUUGAGCCAGGAUGGUUUCAUGUUGAAGAAGAUAGAAACACAAACGUUUAUGUGACUGGUUUACCUCCAGACAUUACAAAAGAUGAAUUUGUACAAGUCAUGUCAAAAUGCGGCAUCAUUAUGCGAGAUCCUCAGACAGAAGAACACAAAAUCAAACUGUACAAAGAUAAGGAAGGAAAUCUUAAAGGAGAUGGUCUGUGUUGCUAUCUGAAGAGAGAAUCAGUUCAACUUGCAUUGAGACUUCUGGAUGAGGCAGAAAUUAGAGGCUAUAAAUUGCAUGUGGAAGUUGCAAAGUUUCAACUGAAGGGGGAGUAUGAUGCAAGCAAAAAGAAGAAGAAAUGUAAAGACUACAAGAAGAAGUUGUCUCAACAGCAGAAACAGCUGGAUUGGAGGCCGGAGAAGAAAGAUGGUGCAACUCGGAUGCGACAUGAACGCAUCGUUAUUAUCAGGAAUAUGUUCCACCCAAAGGACUUUGAGGAGGAUCCCUUAGUGCUAAAUGAGAUCAGAGAAGAUCUGCGGACAGAGUGUGAAAAGUUUGGUCAAGUAAAGAAGGUUCUCAUAUUUGAUCGGCACCCUGAUGGCGUGGCUUCUGUGUCCUUCAAAGAGCCUACAGAAGCUGAUCUGUGCAAGCUGACUCUAAAUGGAAGGUGGUUUGGUGGCCGUCAGCUCAGUGCUGAAACAUGGGAUGGUGUAACAGAUUAUCAGGUGGAGGAGACUGCAAGAGAAAGGGAAGAAAGGCUCAAGGUGUGGGGAUCGUUCUUAGAGGAUCCUGAUGCAAAGGAGCAGCAGACAGCAUCUGAUUCAGAUUCUGCAACAAGUAGUGUUAAACUGUCUGAGGGCAGCCAACCUUCAAAUGUUAAUGACACAUCUAAGGAGGAUGUAAAUGCUGAAGCCCAGAAGAGGGAGAAUAAUGGUGAGGGCAUUAAUGAAGAUAGUGCUCCCUCUACAGACAGCAGCCUUGCAGGCAGUGAUGUUGAAGCAGAUACAUAACAUCUUUAAUGCUUUCUGAAAGCAUGGGUUUUAGGGUGAUGUUUGAGUUUAUCCCUUUCUUCAGGGUGACUGCAGACAAUAUUCAUAUGAAAAUAUGCAUAUUAGAAUGUCAUCAACUGUGUGCUUUGAAGUUUUCAUUAAAAGCAGUAUUUAAUCAGGUUCUAAAAGUUUGUAUUAAUUGGCUGUUCAGGUAAAGUAACUCAAGUUGCCAAGAAUGCAGUAAAACUCAUCAGGCUUCUUUUGUUCUAACUAUGCUUGUCAGUGUUUCAUGAUGUAAGUGUAGAAUAAGUUCCAACCCUUAAGUUUAUGUAACUAUAUGUAACUGAAGUAAUGCAAAGCUAUUACAAGAUUUGUGGAUUAUACUGCUAAUUUUCCUGUACCCCUUGGAACU